AUGGGCAACAAGCGCGGCUGCAGUGCCCUGGAGAAGGGCCUGAUUCUGCUGUUCCUGGGGGUCACGGGGGUCUGCAUCGGCCUGGUGGUGGUCUACGUCCUGGAGGUGAACAGCACCGAUGAGAACGGAGGUGUGGUGGAUGUAGUCGAUUCAGGAUGCGGCGGCCCUCAGCAUCUGAUGGCGUCGCCGGGAGAAUUCACCAGUGGGAAUUUCCCCAGUAACUACGACAACGGGAAGAGCUGCAGCUGGAAGAUUACCGUGGAAGCUAAUAAGGUGAUCCAUCUGUGGUUCGAAGACUUCUUCAUAGAGGACACGGCUACAUGCUCUGGAGAUUUUGUCACCUUAAAGGACGACCUGGGAAUCAUUGGAAAGUUCUGCGGACACGUCAAGCCCAAACCCAUCGUGACUCUGAGUAACACUCUGUGGGUGUACUUUGACACGAACGAAGUCCGCCCAGACAAAGGAUUCCGAGCCAUGUACCGAGCAGUAGCUGCAGAUGCUGUUACAGAAAUAGUAGGAGCUGGUGGCCUUCUCCAAGGUAACCAGGGGGAGCUAUCUAGCCCCGGGUUCCCUGCUCAGCAGUAUGAGAAUGGAGCACUCUACCAGUGGAAGAUCGAGGUGCCUGAGGGAGAGAGGGUCAGGCUGACCUUCUCCUCCUUCCAACUGGUGGCCGAGUCCUGCCUGGACUACGUAGAUGUGUAUGAUGGACACUCUCCGACCGGAGACAGACUUGCUCGCUUCUGCGGUGCCUCCGACCUCACGCCAGUGGUCUCCAGUAGCAACACCAUGGUGGUCCGCUUCAAGACCGACGCCACUCUGUCAGCAGGUGGAUUCCAGGCCGUGUACUCGCUGGCGAGCGAGCCGCCCGUAGAUCCCAAUCCUUUAGAGUCCGGCUGUGGGGACGUGGGCACUCUGAGUGGCAGUAAAGGCGUGAUCCAGUCCAAGGGUUUCCCUGAGCCGUACCCGGCCGGCCUGCACUGCCAGUGGAACAUCACGGUGGCGGACGACAUGAUGGUCAAGCUCCAAAUCACUGACCUGGCCAUUUCUGGGGAGGCAGGACAGUGCAAAGUGGACCAGCUUCUCAUCACUGAUGAUCAGCAGUCAUUCGGUCCACACUGUGGCUUCAUCGUGCCUGCCGUGGUGGUGAGUGUGGGGAACAAGAUGUCCGUGCGCUUCCAGUCGGACUCACACUUGGCUGACCGCGGCUUCUCCGCCAGGUGGGAGGCAGUGUCCCCUCAUGACAUUGGAGAGGCCCAGGGCUGUGGCGAUGCCUUCCACAGUGAGACGGGCGUGAUCAAGUCCCAGAACUGGCCCAUGAACUACGCGCCCAACAAGGAGUGCAUGUGGAGGGUGAGGGUGCCCACGGGCAAACGCAUCACGCUGCGCUUCACCCACUUCGAGCUGGAGCCCGCCAUGUUGGGCACGUGCUACGACAAGCUGGUCAUCUACGACGGCUCCGGGGCUGCCGCCAAGAAAUACGGACCCUUCUGCGGCUCCAAGCUGCCCGCUGAGGUCAAGAGCUCGGGGAGCCAGCUGGUCGUGCGCCUCCACGCGGACUUCUUCACCGAGGCCAAGGGCUUCAGAGCCUACUGGACCACAGACGACACCCUGCCCGUGCCCACAGAACCUCCAGUACUGCCCAACCCAUGGGACAACAUCCCAAUAGACUGGCCUGAGACCUGUGGCAAGCCCCAGGUCCCUCCCCUGGUCACCACCCGCAUUGUGAACGGAGAGCCGGCCAAAGCCCACUCCUGGCCAUGGCAGGUGUCCCUGCAGGUUUGGCCAGAUAGUCGGCCUGAUCCCGAAUUCUUCCACACCUGCGGAGGAACUCUGAUCCAUAAGAACUGGGUCAUGACCGCGGCACACUGCUUCAUCAGGUAUGCAGAUGAGCUUCAGCGCUGGCGCAUCUGCAUGGGCAAACACAACCUCACCCUUGUCGAGCCCAGCGAGGUGUGUUUGGGCGUGACGGGCAUCUAUCGGCACGAGGCCUUCAAGUACCCGGAUGUGCCCACCGUGGAGUUCGACGUGGCCCUGAUGCGGCUGGAUGGCGAGGUCACUCCGACUGUCCAAAUUGACUUUGCAUGCUUGCCCUCCCUGGAGGAGGUCCUGCCCGCCGCCAAGAAGUGCUACGCCAGUGGCUGGGGCGAUGAGAAGGGUAACCCUGCGACGGCCAAGCCAUCAGAGACGCUCAACCAGGUGGCGCUCCCUGUGGUCCCCUACGACACCUGCAAGCGCAUGGACUACUGGUGGUUCCAGGUGAAGCCCUCCAUGAUCUGCUGCGGCUACACCAAACCCGACGAGCUCCAGUCUGUGUGCCAGGGAGACUCCGGCGGACCUCUGGUUUGCCAGGACAGCCCCGCGGCCCCCUGGGAAGUUCACGGGAUCACCAGCUUCGGGCCCAUCGGGUGCAUCAUGGACAAGAAGCCGAGUGUGUUCACCCGCGCCUCAGCCUACAUCCCCUGGAUGGAGAACGUCGUCCGCAGGAACAUCUAUGAGCUCAACACCUCUGGCUGCGGAGGGGCAAGGUACCUGAACAGCACGGCUGGCACCCUGGCCACCAUGAAUCAUCCUCAUAACUACGCCAGCAGUGCCCAGUGCCAGUGGCACAUCCGUGCCCCCGCUGGCAAACUCAUCCACCUGCGCUUCGCCAACUUCUCCCUGGAGGAGAGCCUACUGUGCAUGAACGACAAAGUCACCCUCAGUGACCAGCUGGGCUCAAUGGGCACCCACUGUGGCAUUGGAGCUGUUCCUCAGCCUUUUGUGACGGCGAGUGAGACCCUGAGUGUGACCUUCUCCUCCAAUAACAGGCUCGUGGACACUGGCUUCAUGGCCGACUACCAAGUGGUGGAUCCCAGCGAAGUGGCGAGUCUGGUGGGAUGUGGAGGUCACUUCAGUACUCCGCAAGGGGAGCUGACGUCUCCCAACUGGCCCGGCGGCGACUACCAGAACCGAAGUGUGUGCACCUGGAAGAUCUCCAUUCCCGCAGCCAAGGCCAUCCACAUCACCUUCACCCACUUCGAAGUGCAGGGCGUCAGUCAGCUUGGCCAAUGUUUGGAUUAUGUGGAGAUCUUCAACGCAGAUAUGAAAUCCAUGGGCAAACACUGUGGCUUUGCACCACCCCCCUCGACCACGGUUACCGGAGACACGGCAUUUGUCCGUUUCUUCACCAACGGUGACACCCAAGAGAAGGGUUUCCGUGGAUACUGGACCACCGAUCCUGCCGUCUUCCCCACCUUGCCUCCUCCUCCAGCUAACCCUUGGGACGACAUCGUCAUCACGUGGCCUGACAAGUGUGGAGUGCCAGCGGUGACCCCGAACAUGUCUCUGACCCGAGUGGUGAAUGGGAUCGAGGCUACACCCCACUCCUGGCCUUGGCAAGUGUCAAUGCAGGCCACUCCAAUUGCAUCAGUGAUCCCACAUCAGCAUGUGUGUGGAGGUUCCCUCAUCCACGAGGAGUGGGUUCUUACCGCAGCCCACUGCAUUAUGGCGCCCUUCAGCAAGCCAGGCUUUUGGAAGAUGUGCAUGGGCAAGCACCACCUUAACUCCAGCUUGGACGGCCCCACUGAGCAGUGUGUGGCCGUGGACGCGCUGGUCUCCCACGAGGGCUUCGUCUACCCCCAGGACAACACCGACAUCACCAACGACGUUGCGCUGGUGCAUUUGGCCCAGCCUGUGAACUUCACACGCGAGGUCAGCCCUGUGUGCAUGCCCAAGCCUGACUUUGUGCUGCCCGCUGGCAAGCCCUGCUUCGUCACUGGCUGGGGUGAUGAGAAAGGUAAUCUAUUCCCUGUGGUGGCUGACAAGCUGAACCAGGCCCCUCUGCCCGUGGUACCCUACUCCACCUGCAGCACACCCCAGUACUGGUGGGACAGCGUGCGGCCCUCCAUGAUCUGUGCUGGUUACGGGCUGCCAGAUGAACUCAAGUCAGCAUGCCAGGGCGACUCUGGCGGCCCGUUCGUGUGCCAACCGGAAGUCACCAGUGCCUGGGAGGUGCACGGUAUUGUGAGUUUCGGUCCGCGCGGCUGCAUCCAGGACAAGAAGCCUUCAGUGUUCACACUAGGGCUGUCAAAAUUGCUCAAAAAUGACGUUCGACUGCAGAGUGAUGUCCUGGACCUGGUCUCGGCUGUCGGUGCAAUACGUAUCGCCGAAGAGACACCCCAUAGCAGAUAA